AUGCCAAUUCAUUUCUUCACUGAAUCACAACGGGAUGGUCGUGCAAGUCUAACCCGAGAACCGAAGGGAAAGGAGAGGGAAUAUGUUGAUCACGUCGAAUUUCCCUAUGAUCAAGACUCUGCUGCAGUGUUGACCGGGUCCGCUAGCAUCUCAUCUCAUGAAUCAUUAAGAUAUCCCUAUUUGUAUCCUGCUCAGCAACCAAAAUCACCUCCAAAGCCCACAUCUCCAAGAAAACCUCGCACUUCCCUCCUAUUCUCUCUCGUUCGUAAAAAGACUGGUCCCAGUGGCCAUGUUUCUCAAUACGCGCAUCCCAUCGUCAUGCCAGGCGUCAUGGAAAUAUCCCGCCCAUAUUCCUAUGUUCAAGAGGAAGAGGAGCGAGAGAGACUCAGAGAUGCUGCUGCUCAGAGUAUUGGUCUCGUCGACUAUGCUGCCACUGAACACCAAGAGGAUACUCGAGAGGACCAAGUACCGACAUCUGCAACCAUUGAUUCACAUAUAUCCUUACCUUCUCCCCCUAUGCCUUCAUCACCCAUACCCUCAUCAACCCCAACCCUCUUACCUCAUCUCCCCCCCUUUCCUACAACCCUCGCUUCCCUCACAUCACGAAUCACACUCACCGGCACAUUUCCCAAAUUCUGUCCCUCGUCCUCUCUCCUCGUAUACGCCCUCGCAAAGCAGUGGAAGACAAGGUCCAUAGUCCUCACGACUGCGACCUCGGCCGCAUCCCAGACAGUCACACAUCUCCAUCUUUUCAAAUCAAAUAUUCCCUCAUCCUCGGAGCUUCACCGCUUACCUAUCACCCAAGACACUGCUAUUUACGUUACAGAGCAAUCCGGACCCAGUGUGAACUAUACCCGAACCAACAGCCUUAGUAAACGCGACAGCAGGAGCGGAGCAAGAGGCAGCGGAGGCAAGUCAAAUGGCUCAGUCGUUGCUAUUGAGCAAGGCAACAUUAUCUGGCAUUUCGAAAUGCAGGAUCCGAGCGAGAGACAGAAGUGGAUUGGUGCCAUAAAGGCAGUUGUCCUGGGUCAAAGAUCCAUGCGUGCAGGUAUCACUGCAUCACCCCACCUCAGUGGGCACGAACCCCGCGGGGACAUGGAUGUCAUGCUCUCCAUGCGACUCCAAGCAUCAUUAUCUUCCGCCGCAUCCCCUAUAUCACCCCCAGCUUCAUCAACCCACACCUCAUCAUCUCCUCCACCUGUUUUGGCAGGUUCCCCUUCCCUCUCACCGCCCACAUCCCCAAUUAGAGCGUCUCUGUCGUUCGAAGGCAUGCGUUCCCAACCGCACACACGGUCUUCGACACCCAACCUACCCGCACCCACCGAGCCCUUCACGCGCGCAUCAAGUAUCAGAUCAACCAAGAAAUCCCAAAGCCAAAGUUCCAACGCACAUAGAUCCAACUCAAACUCUGACUCCUCCCCAACGCCUUCCAUCCACCUCCAAUCCAAGCGCUCAGGCAACAUCUCCCCUAUCCAACUCUCCCAAACGCACUCUUCUAAAUCCUCCACAUCUACUACCAAGACUAUCAAAGGCAUGUUCACGCCUCGUUCUCGUUCGCCGUCCUUGUCUCUCAACGGACACAGUCAUGAGCGCGAAAGUGAGCAUGCAGAAGAGAGCUUUGGGACCGUGGGGAGUAGUUUAAUGGGUAUCACUAGUGGCGUGGGCAUGAGCACCAAGAGGAGCAGCUCGCCGAUGCGCCGUUCGGACUCCCCCGUUCCUAGCGUGGCAUCGUCAGGACCCGACGAAUCUAGUGUGCACCUGUCAAACGGGAGUACACACAAUGGGAGUUUGUCUAAUGGUGUAGGUGUGACCCCGAGUAUGUGCUGCUCGAGCAUCAACGGGAGCUUGUCUAAUGGGACCCCGAGCACGUGCUGUGCGAGCAUCAAUGGUAUUCCAGCUUGUGAUCUCAAGAUCGUCAAAGAAGAUGAACGGUGGGCUCCUUCGCCGUCCACAACUCCACCUCUGUCGCACACGCUUUUCCACCCGCUUUCCCACUCACACUCACACUCGCAUUCUCUCCACCCGCCCCCGUGGUACAAGAAGCAGACUUUCGUACACUCACUCACAGACGCGCUAUGCCAGCAAAUGGACACAAAUACUACGCCUAGCAUGCAGAUCUCCACCGUGACCGAGGGCAGCUCAGGUACCGCAGUCACCCCACGUUCCAUUACCCCCACACCCACACCCACGCCUAACCCAGCACGUCUAUCCGUGCAAACAAUUUCCACUACAACUUCCACUGUCGAAAGAUCGGGCUCAUCAGCUUCAUCCUCUGCGCCUUCUCGUCGGUGGUCUCGUACCCUCCCGAAGCGGUUAACGCCCCCCAGCGGCCCGCUACCGCUGACGCCACAAGCGCCGUGCGAGUCUGAGCCGAGCGUAAGUCCUAGCAGUGCAGGUUCUGCGAAUGCUAGUGCUGCUUUUUGGAAGAGGACGAGCGCGUCGAGUAGCGUGAGCAGUGCGAGUGUGAGAUCGGGGAGUGUGCGGCGGACAAGUACGGUUGGGUCUUUUGGCUCAGGCAUUGGUAUGGGUAUUGGUGGUGGUGGAAGUAUUGGCGUGGGGAGUAAACGCCGCUCGAUGCCUCCUCCGCGCCCUGCUCCGAGCUUUGCGCCCCCGCCUGCGCCUGAGCAACAACAACAGCCCCAAUCCCAGCCCCAGAAAACGCUGUUCAGAACGUCUGUAGCUCAGCGCGCGUUGAGGCUCAGCCUGACUGCACCUCCUCGUCCACCACCUUCAGGUGUCCUUCCACCGCGUCCAGACGAACCUGCGUACGCACAUCACCGCAACAGCGGAGAAUUAUCAAUACAGACAUCAAUUCCUCCUCGUCCUGACAGCGCCGCUUCUGCACGGAGUAUGUCUAUCAAGCAGCGUCUGAGGAUUCUCAGUGCUCCGUCACCUCCGUCGCCUGUCAUCGCACUGCACGAUACUGAUACUGACAACGAACUCACACCUCACCAAAUCGUGCAUCCCGUGAUUAUUAGGCCCCUUCCUGGUAGUAGGAGCAGGAGCAGGAGCCCCAUCAGCAGUCGCAGUAGCACCAAUAGCACCACCAAUUCCCGACCCUCAACGCCUCCCCUCCCAGGCACCCCCAUAACAACGAUGCAGAAUCACCCAAACUUCUUGUCGAUAAACACGCACACCUCGCUUCCGGCGAUCCCACUACGUAAUCCGCUCCGUCCGCCACAGCCGCAGCGCCUCCCGAGCGCUCCAGAGAUAAUGGCGUUAUCGCCACCUCCGAGACGAGGGAGUACGCAGCUUAUGGUGCAGUGUCUUGCUGAUGGCGGGGAGGAAAGGGAGACGGUAGAGGGCGAGCUUCCUGAUUUUUCGGAUAUUCGGGUGCAUGCAGGAUCGGUUGGGAGUGAAUAA